ACUGAAAGAGAAGGCGAAAGCAGAAAAGGGCUAAUGAGAAUGAUAGGUCAGAAAACUAUCAAUUCGUUUUUCACGCCUGUUUCGAAAAAGAGAAAUACAGACAAGCUAAAUGGAGACACCAAGGAUGAGCAUGUUGGCCAGAAUAAGAAGCUGAAGACAUCUGACGAUAAGGCGGCUUCUUCGUCAUCUUAUCGUCUGAGCCCAGAACAGCUCGAGCGAAUCGCUCAAAACAAGAGAGCGGCUCUGGCGAAGCGCGAGCUCGGCAGCCAAACACCGGAAGGAUUUGGGGAGAGCUGGCAAAAGGCGUUAGGAGCAGAGUUUUCAAAGCCCUAUUUCAACAAAUUGAUGUCCUUCGUUGCAGAGGAGAGGAGAAAACACACCGUCUACCCGCCCUCCGAUCAGGUGUUCACCUGGACACAGGUGUGCAGCAUUCAAGAUGUCAAGGUGGUGGUUCUUGGCCAGGAUCCGUACCACGGUCCCAAUCAAGCCCAUGGGCUGUGCUUCAGUGUGCAGACACCUGUCAAACCUCCACCGAGCUUGUUGAACAUGUACAAAGAAUUGUCCUCCGACAUAGAGGGCUUCCAUCCCCCGGGGCAUGGAGACCUGACAGGAUGGGCGCAACAAGGAGUGCUGCUGCUAAACGCUGUGCUCACCGUGCGGGCUCACCAGGCUAACUCCCACAAGGACCAGGGCUGGGAAGUGCUGACUGAUGCGGUGAUCCACUGGCUUAAUGACAACCUGCAGGGGCUCGUCUUCAUGCUGUGGGGGUCCUACGCACAGAAGAAAGGAGCAGCUAUCGAUAGGAAGCGUCACCACGUCCUCCACUCCGUGCAUCCCUCUCCGCUGUCGGCACACCGAGGAUUCCUCGGUUGCAAGCACUUCUCCAAGACCAACGAGCUGCUGAAGAAAUCUGGGAAGCAACCGAUAGACUGGACCGCACUUUGAGAUUUGGAUUUGAAAUGCGAAUACAAGCAACGUUUCUGCUAGCUACUGACCAAACCGUAUAAGCUUACGUUUUCCUUCUUGUGUCUUUGCAUUUUUGCGGAGUUUUCCGCCACACUAUGAAGAGUUAGUUGGGGUGGGUGUUAAUGUUCAAACUGGAACUACAUGGACAUCUGUUUACAUUUUAUUUUAAGGCUCAUGGUAAUACAGCUGGUUGGAAGUGCUAAAGUGGUUAGGUGAACCCACGGCUGCAGACGGGAAAUAAGUAGACUCAUUUUUAUAUACUCUUACAUUUGUUUAUGGUUUUGUACUUCCAAAUAAAUAUCUAACGUACUUC